UCUUGUGCAAAAUAAAUAUAAAGAAAAAAUAAUAUUGUAAUGUACUGAAUUAUUACCAUUUUACGCUCUAUAAUUAUUCUAUUAGUGUGGAUAAAUUAUGAUUUAAGUGUAAAAGCUAGUGGCGUUCAUUCUGCCGGCGUCAUGACUUCAAUUAUCAAGGUACACUGCCUCUCCGGGGCUGGAGAUGAGACUCCGCCGUGCUACGUACUCCACGUGGAUGAGUUUAAGUUCCUCCUCGACUGUGGAUGGGACGAGAAGUUCGAUAUGGAGUUCAUAAAAGAACUCAAGAGACAUGUAAACAGCAUAGACGCAGUCCUCCUUUCACAUUCUGACCCACUGCACCUCGGGGCCCUGCCAUAUGCAGUGGGUAAACUGGGUCUGAACUGCCCCAUCUACGCCACCCUGCCAGUGUACAAGAUGGGGCAGAUGUUCAUGUACGACCUGUUCCAGGCACAUAAGAAUGUGUCGGACUUUGAUCUGUUUACGUUGGAUGAUGUGGAUUCUGCGUUUGAUAGUAUUGUGCAGUUGAAGUAUAACCAGAGUGUUGAUAUGAAAGGCAAGGGCCUGGGCCUGCGCAUCACGCCCCUACCCGCCGGCCAUUCCCUUGGCGGAACAAUCUGGCGCAUUGCCGCCCCUGGCGAAGAAGGCAUAGUGUACGCACCAGACUUCAACCACAAGAAAGAAAGGCAUCUCAACGGCUGCGAGAUAGAGCGGAUCAUGAGACCAUCGCUUCUGUUGCUGGGGGCUAUGAAUGCGGACUAUGUGCAGCCGAGACGGAGACUCAGAGACGAGAAGCUUAUGACAACGAUAUUAAGCACCCUCCGCGGCGGCGGCAGCGUGCUAGUCUGCACAGAUACGGCCGGUCGAGUGCUAGAGUUAGCCCACAUGCUAGACCAACUGUGGCGGAACAAGGACUCCGGGCUGGUCGCGUACACAUUACUGCUGCUCUCUAACGUCAGUUAUAACGUUGUUGAGUUUGCCAAGUCGCAGAUAGAAUGGAUGAGUGAUAAACUGACCCGAGCCUUCGAAGGGGCCCGGAGCAACCCGUUCCUUCUCCGUCACCUGCAACUCUGCCAUUCCGUGGUGGAGGUGACGCGGACCCCAGGGCCGAAGGUGGUGCUGGCCUCCUUCCCAGACCUGGAGUGUGGGUUCGCCAGGGACCUGUUCCUGCAGUGGGCUCCCAACCCUCAGAACUCCAUCAUACUCACGCACAGAUCCUCGCCCGGUACUUUAGCUCGAGAUCUCAUCGAGAACGGCGGAGACAGGACCCUGGAGUUAGUGGUGCGACGACGAGUGAGGCUCGAGGGCGCCGAGCUGGAGGAGUACAUGCAACAGCGCACCAAGGUCAACCACUCCGUCAAGGAAGAAGUAGCCGGCCUAUCAUCCGACUCAGACUCGGACGGCGAACUUGAAAUGUGGGUGGUAACGGGCCGUCACGACAUCCCGGUCCGACACGACACCCGUCCGACGGGCUGCUUCAAGAGCAACAAGCGACAUCACGCCAUGUACCCGUGCCAUGAGGACAGAGCGAGGACUGAUGACUACGGAGAGGUUAUACGGCCCGAGGACUACCGGCUGGCCGAGGUUGUUGACGCGGAGGGAGAGGUGCGCGACGUGGCGCCGCAGCCGCCGCCCACGCAGGAACCCGAAGAGGAAGAAAUUGAGAUCCCAAGCAAAUGCCUAACGACAGUCCGCCAAGUGCCUGUAAAGGCGUCCGUCCAAUACAUAGAGUUAGAGGGCCGAUGCGACGGCGAGUCUCUGCUCCGAGUAGUGGCUCAAGCGAAGCCGCGGGCUAUAGUAGGCCUGCGGGCCAACCUGGCCGCUCUACAGACUCUCAGGAAAUACUGUGAAACCGAGGGCAUUGAGAAAAUAUUCACGCCGGAGCGCGGCGAAACUGUAGACGCCACUACCGAGUCGCACAUCUACCAGGUGAAGCUGACGGACGCGGUGAUGAGCUCGCUGGCGUGGAAGCCGGCGGGCGGCGCCGAGCUGGCCUGGCUCUGCGGCGUGCUGCAGCCGCGCGCCCGGCCCAGGGAGCCCGGAGCACCCGAGGAGGAGUCUUCAGAUGACGUGGUGAUGUCUCUAGAGCCUGGUGGUGAAGGCGUGGCGCACUGCGCAGCCUAUAUCAACGCUGUACGCCUGUCUGAACUUAGAGCGGCCUUGGCUAGACGAGGGCUGGCGGCAGAAUUCUCUCACGGCGCUCUGGAGUGCUGUAAUGGCACGCUCGCUAUAAGACGGUUGGAGAACGGGCGAGUGGCACUAGAAGGCGUGUUGUCAGAGGAGUAUUAUAAAGUACGAGAACUAUUGUACGAGCAGUUCGCCAUUGUGUAGUGGCUGUAA